GAGAUGCUGCGCGCGCAGGCCGUGGCCGUGGGCGCCGUGGACGACAUCCUCAACCAGCUGGACAAGCAGAAGGGCGUGCUGCGCGAGCUGGAACAGAAGAAGCCGCAGCUGGACGAGCUGCUGCACACCGCCGAGAGCCUCAAGGGCACCGAGAACCGACAACAGCUCCAUGGCAAAGUGACCGCCCUCCGCGAGCACUGGGAUGAGGCCAACGCGCGCGUGCUCCAGCGCAAGGCGCAGCUCGACGCCAUGCUGGGCGACAGCCAGCGGUACGAGGCGAGGCGGCGAGACGCCGACGCCUGGCUGACGAGGAUGGAGGCGAGGCUCGCUGCUAUGGCGCAGCCGGGGCAUACGGCCGAUGUGCUGGAGAUGCAGCUUAGAGAGCAGAAGUCGUUCCACGCCGAAGUGCAUCAGUACAAGCACCAGGUCGAACUGUUCGGCCAACUGACGCAGCGCCUGAUCGCCGUGUACCGCAACGAUGACACGUCGCGCAUCAAGCGGGCCACCGAGUCCAUCAACCAUCGGUACAACGAGCUUAAUAACAGCAUCGUGGCUCGCGGCAAGGCCCUGCACUCUGCCGUCUCUUCUCUGCAGAACUUCGACCGGUCGCUGGAGAAGUUCGUGGCGUGGCUGAGCGAAGCGGAGUCGCUGCUCGACGCGGCUGAAAGGGACCCUCAUCUGCUCAAGGUAAGCUUUCAUUCUUUCUGGGACCCACAUAUUACUAGUUCGCGGUACGAUAUCAACCAAUCAGUUAAUCGCAAAAGGUGA